AUGACUUUUGCAAGUACAACCUUAAACUUAUGCCGGUCUUUUUCCACCUCUUCUUCAUCUCCGCGUCUUUCUGGAAAGGUUACAUGCAGAGCCUCUGAAUCUCUACCUCAGCUUUCAGUAUCUACACUUGACAAAACCCUCUGCCAAAUUAAGAGUUCCGGUGUCAUAGCUUGCCUCAGAGCCAAUAGUGCAGAAGUGGCCUUUGAAGCUGCAAAUGCUGCAAUAGCUGGUGGCAUUUCUGUUUUGGAGAUUGUGAUGUCUACCCCAGGUGUGUUUGAGGUUCUAGAGAAGUUGGUGAAGGAGCAUCCUAGAACGACUCUAGGGGUUGGAACUGUUCUCAGGAUUGAGGAUGCAAAAACUGCAAUUAAUGCAGGCGCUAAAUUUCUAAUGAGUCCUGCAAUCGUCAAGGAUAUUUUGGAUUAUGUUCAAGGUGGUGAAAUUUUAUAUAUUCCUGGCGCAAUGACUCCAACCGAAAUAUUGUCUGCGUAUGACGCGGGUGCAAAAAUGGUCAAGAUUUAUCCGGUUUCGGCACUUGGAGGAUUUCAGUAUAUAUCAGCACUGAAGAAGCCAUUUCCUCAUGUUUCAAUGGUUGCUUCUCAAGGAAUUACAAUAGAUUCUAUGGAAGAAUAUAUUAUACGAGGAGCAUCAUCGGUUGUUUUGUCAGAUGCUAUAUUUGAUAAAGAAGCAAUUUCUCAAUGUAAUUUCAGUAAGAUAUAUAAACUUGCACAAUCUGCUACCUUGCUGGGUAACCAAGCUGUGAAUAGGUGA